AUGAAGCCCAUAAACAAUAAUAUUAAAAAUAAAAAUGUGAAUAAUGAAAAUAAUAAGAUAACUUUCAAAGUUAGAACGAUAUCGUCGACUAGGAAUAAUAAUAAAAAGCCAAGAAAAAUAAGGACAUGGGAUAAUCAUCAGGAGUUGAAGGAAAAACUAAUAAGUGCCAUUCAAAGAUACCUAGAUGCUGGAUAUCAAACAGAUUCCACUUCAAAAGAUUCAGGCAAAACAUCAAAACGAAUAGCUCAACUUUGUAAAGUAAUGGCAGAGCGGCUGUCUCUAAAAACACUAAAGAAAAUAUUGAAACCAAGUGAGAAAAAGAAGAAACAGAAACAAGUGGUUUCCAGUGCACUCAAGAAAUUGAUUGGUUACCUCACUGACAAUUGUCUGGAGCUAGAAGGUAUCUGUAGAAUCAGUGGUAACAUAACAAGAGUAAAAGAAUUGAAAAAGUCAUUUGAAAAUGAUGAAGAUGUAGAUCUUUCAAAGAUUGUAGAUAAACACACUAUCAGUGGUGCUCUGAAGAUGUUCUUGAGAGAUAUGGAUGAACCGAUUCUCACAUUCGAGCUGUACAAGAACUUCCUCGGUGCCUACGAUAUCAAAGACAAGAAUGCCAAGAUUGCCUUUAUCAAAUCACUUCUAUCUGCACUGCCAAAGGAGAAUCAAGAGAUAUUACAAAUGGUAUUGAAGUUCCUCUAUACUGUACAGUUACAUCAAGAGAAGAAUAAGAUGACAUCUGCUAAUAUAGCGAUUGUUUUCGCACCGACAAUGUUGAGACCAAAGGAAGAGUCGUUCGAAACGAUGAUGAAUGCAACCAACUAUACUAUGGAUAUUGUAAAGUCGAUGGUCGAGGAGUUCAAUGUACUAUAUGAGUUUAACAAUACUAUACUUUACAAGAUAUCGUCGGACGAUCUUGGAAAGUCGACAACCAAGAAGUCACUACAGGAGGAACUGGACGAAGCCAAUGCAAAGAUCGAUAAUCUGUUGAAGCAGGCGGCGGAAGAUGCAAGGGAACGAUCGGUUCUUGAGACCUAUUCGCAUCAGACCUACAAUAAGCUGCAAGAGGAACAAGAGAAUUACAAAGCGUUACAAGAGGAGAAGGAUAGCAUUGGUGAACUGCUCAACGAGCUGAGAGACAACGGUAAACAGAUGGAAGAGAAGAACAAGCUGUCAGAGGAGAAGCUACAACAACAGAGAGAUGAAGUCGCGCAACUAAAGAAGAAACUGGAGGAAUCCAACUCAAAGACAAAGGAAAAUGAAUCUCAACUACUAGAAUACAAUAAACACAAACAACAACUACAAGCAGAGGUAGAGAAGAUCAAGAAAGCAUUGGAUGAGCAAAAGAAGAUAAUAGAUGAGAAAUCAAAGGUAAUAGAAGAACAUAAGAAGACAAUAGAUGAGAAAUCAAAGGCGAUAGAAGAACAAAAGAAAGUAAUUGAUGAACAAGCGAAAGCAUUUGAUGAACAAAAGAGAGUAUUAGCACAAAAACAACAACAACAACAACAAGCAAGUGUAGCAGUAGUAAAUAAUAAUAGUAGUACAGAUAAGAAAGAACAAGAGAGAUUACAAAAAGAGUCACAAGAGAAAUCAAAGGAAAUAGAUAGAUUACAAAAAGAUAAUCAAGAGAAAGCUAAAGAUAUUAAAGUAAAGACUGAACAAAUCGAAAAGAUUACAAAAGAAAGAGAUGAAGCAUUAAAGAAGAAAUCUAGUAGUAGUAAUAGUAAUAACAAUUCAAAGGAAAUAGAGGAACUACAAAAGAAAUUAAAAGAAAAUGAAAAUAGAACUAUUCAAUUAGAGAAAGAAAAAGAGACAUUAAAUGAAACUGUAAAGAGUUUAUAUGAACAAGCAAAACAAUUGAAUAGUGCCAAUAAUAAUAAUAGUAAUAGUAAUGGUAAUGGUAAUGGUAGUACAGGAAUAUUUAAGAAAUCAGCUUUUACAAUUGGAAAGAGAUCAAAAGAAAAAGAGAAAGAAAAAGAAAAAGAAACACCACAACUUCAAGAUGAAGACGAUGUAACAGCAGUUAAACAAUUUGCAUUCUCUUGGAUGAUUCUGUCAUUGAAAUCAGAUGCAAUGGCACACGGAAAGAAUUGUAACAUUAGUUCAACAGAUGUAUUCGAAGAGUUGAUAUCAAAACGGAUCAAAGUUAAUCAAUGGACCGAUUUCGUCUCAAAGAAAUUAAAGGAAGUUGAAUAA